AAAAAAAAAAAUAACUUCUGGUUCUUUCUUUUUUUUUUUUUUUUUCUUUUUCUUUUUAUUCUCCAGCUUUCACCAUGGCGACCAAGGAAAACGACAAUGUUGAAUCCAUUCCUAUAGAAUCAGGUCCUCAACGACAUGAAUCCGAUUUUAGAAUGGAUCCUGAUAAUCUCGAUGCAGAAAUGGCCAAAGUUCCCUUGUUCAUGUCUCAACUACCUGAAGAAGAAAACGAAACCUUGGCUGCUUUACAAUCUUUAGUCUAUGAUGGCACUCCUGAAGAAAUCGCGGAAAACUUCAAGAACCAAGGAAAUGAUUGUUUCAAAGCGGGUAAAUUCAAGUACAAGGAUGCGAUUGGUUUCUAUACACGAGCAUUGGACACAGAGUGCAAGGAUAUGAAGAUCAUGGAAGCUUGUUAUGCGAAUCGAGCAGCGGUGAAUUUGGAAUUGGGCAAUUAUGGCAAGGUACUACGGGACUGUGCAAAGUGUUUAGAAUUGAAUCCUAAGAAUGUCAAGGCGUUGUAUCGGUCAGCGAGAGGCUUAUUCCAGUUGGAUCGACCUGAUGAAGCUUACGAUUGUUGUGAACAUGCGCUUGCUGUGGAUCCUGACAAUCAACCUGUGCGUGCAUUACAAGCCAAGAUUCAACAACGACAACAAGUAUUGGCCAAACGACUCCAAGAAAAACAAGACAAGGAACGCAAGGAACGUGAAGCCAAACAAAAAAUGGAACAAGCCUUCGAACAACGUCGUAUUCGUAUGGAUGUGCAAGAUAAAGCCAUGCGUGAUGCUGCCAAUAUUCAAUACGAUCCUGACACGGAUAUCAUGUCCUGGCCUGUUUUCUUUUUGUAUCCGGAAUACAAGGAAAGUGACUAUAUUCAACAAUUCGAUGAAAACAACACAUUCCAGGAUCAUCUCGAUGUCAUUUUGGAACAUCCUGCCCCUUGGGAUCAACAUCAUGUCUAUACUCCCGACAAUGUCCAAGUCUAUUUUGAAAACAACCAAGGUCUUCAUCCUUCUUUGAUUAAGGUUGGAAACAAAUUACCCUUGGCUAAAAUUUUGGCUCUCGAUCAAUAUGUCAUCACAAAUGGUGUCCCCAGUUUUAUCAUUCUUCCCAAAGUUGGUGCUUUCAAGGAUGAAUUUUUGGCAAAGUACAAGAAAAACAAAAAAUAGAUUAGAGAAUCCCCUUCCCUUCAUUGUAGUAUAGUCAUGUUUUAUAUAUAUAUAUUUCUUACCCUUCUUUUUUUUUGUGGAAUAAUAAUAAUAAUAAUAAAAAAUC